AUGAUAGCCAGCUAUGAGUUAGUAUUUGUCAAUUUUCACGCCGAGUGGUGUCCAUUCAGUCAACAAUUGUCUCCUAUUUUUAAAGUGUCGGACAAUAUUCUGAGUCAAGAAUUUAGUGUCGAAUCCAAGAGAGUAUUGUUAGGACGGGUAGACUGUGACGCAAAUCCAAAUUUGUCGAAUCGAUACCAAAUAAUGAAAUACCCAACUCUUAAGUUUUUUCUUAACGGRAAACUCAUGAAAAAGGAAUACAGAGGACAACGAACUCAGACAUCAAUUGUCAAACACAUGAAACAGUUGUUAACUGAUCCCGUCGUACACAUUGAAUAUAAUAAUUAUUCUGAUUUGUCGGCAAUAAUACAUCCAAAAUAUAAUAUUUUCCGAAAAGUCGCGGCAGAUCUAAGAGGCUUUUGUGAGUUCUUUUGGGUCACAAACUCGACAUUUCUGACGUCUAAUAAAACUGAAAUAAUUGCUUUUAAGUCWUCUAAAAGUACACAACAAUCUGAAUAUGAUUUUAUAUAUGAGACAUACGACGAGUUUAGCUCUUGGAGUACAUACUUGUGUACACCAAUUGUCAGAGAAAUUACUUUUGAAAACGCAGAAGAAAUUAUCGAAGAAAAACUUCCUUUAGUUAUACUCUUUCAUAUAUCUAGUGAUUACAAGAGCAGUGAAAUAUUUAAAGAAGUGGUUCAUAAAGAGCUUAUAAGUGCGACAACAAAAGUAAACUUUGUGACCGCAGACGCAAAACUAUUUGAUCACCCGUUACAUCAUAUCAACAAAACUAAGAAAGAUUUGCCACUCAUUGCUAUCGAUAGUUUUAAACACAUUUAUCUAUUUCCCAAAUUUGAAGAUUUAAAUAAAACUGGUAUUUUAGCGAAUUUUAUAGAAGAUCUCAAUUCUGGUAAACUUCAUCACGACUACCAUUUUGGAACAGAAGAACAAACAACUAAAAGUAAUUCAAUUCAAAUCAACGAUAUUAAGGAAAAAGACGAAGAAGUGGACAAAACACAAACUGAAGAAUAUGAAGAAAGUGAAGAUGAUUUUACUGAAGAACUGCUCAAACCAGUGGCUGAUUCUGUAUUCAAGAAGUUAGCGCCGUCUGAGAGCAGAUAUACUAUUCUUAAGGACGAACUAUAG